AUGGUGAUACCAACAAAGCCCCAUGCUGCAUUGUUAGCAAGUCCGGGUAUGGGCCAUCUCAUACCCAUGAUCGAGCUCGCUAACCGUUUUAUAAUCCAUCAUGAUUUUCACGUUACCAUUUUCAUGGUAUCCAUGGAGCCUAACCUUGACCCAUUACACAAAUCCAACAUUCUUAACCAACCUAUCAAUACCCCAACUCUUUAUGAUCUUGUUGUUCUCCCCUAUGUUGACUCCUCGGCCAAAAUAGACCCAUCAAACAAGAUCCUGACCCGUUUAGCCAUCAUGAUGAGAGGCUAUAUUCCUAGUCUUAGGUCCGAGCUUCGAUCCAUGGAGCAUAACCCGACCCUUCUUGUUGUGGACCUAUUUGGAACCGAGUUUCUUAACCUUGCUGAUGAGUUUAAUAUGGUUAAGUAUGUUUGUAUUCCUUCAAAUGCAUGGUUCUUAGCUGAGACCAUUUGGGUACCCUUCCUUGAUAAACAAAUUAAGCAUGUAGGGCCCUUGUACAUACCCGGUUGUAAACGGGUCGAGUACGAUGAUAUACUAGACCCGGUUUUUGACCCGAAAAAUAGUGAUUAUGAUGAUUAUGUUCGUAUAGGAGUUGAGAUAGGAAAGGCUGAUGGGGUAUUGGUCAAUACUUGGGAAGAUUUGGAGCCUAAAACACUUUAUUCCUUGAGAAAUAAUAAAGAAUUAAGAAAAAUGUUUGAUAAGUCGGUUUAUCCAGUUGGACCAUUGGUUAGACCGGUUCGACCGGAGUGUUUAGGGGGUGAGUUGUUAGAGUGGCUAAAUGAACAGCCUAAGGAAUCAGUUCUAUAUGUGUCUUUUGGAAGUGGGGGGACUUUGUCUAGUCAACAAACUAUAGAGUUGGCUUGGGGUUUGGAAAUGAGUAACCAAAGAUUUAUUUGGGUGUUACGUCCUCCAAUCGAGCAUGAUAGGGCUGGGGCCCUCUUCCAUGCAAUGGACGGUCAAGAUCAAAUCAUAUCUCUAUAUUUGCCCCAUGGGUUCUUGACCCGAACCCAUAACUUAGGUAAAGUGAUCCCUAUGUGGGCUCCACAAACAGAGAUAUUAGCCCACUGUUCUAUUGGUGGGUUUUUAUCGCAUUGUGGAUGGAAUUCUACUUUAGAAAGUCUGGUAAAUGGUGUACCUAUAAUUGCAUGGCCAUUAUAUGCAGAACAAAAUAUGAAUGCGACAUUGAUGGUGGAUGAGAUUAGGGUUGCGAUUCGAUCGAAAGAGUUACCAACUAAAGGGGUAGUGAGUAGAGAAGAAAUCAAGAGCAUGAUAACAAAGAUCAUGGUAGAUGUGGGAGGAUUUGAGAUAAGGAGUAGAGUCAAAGAAGUGCAGCAGUACGCUAAAAGAGCUUUGAAUAUGGAAGGGCUAACUUGUAAGGCAUUUUCUCAAUUGACUAAGAAAUGUGAGAUGAAAUUAACAAGUCAGAGAGGAACGCAAAAUAGCAUUGUUAAUGAAUAAUUAAAAUUUGAGUUUUUUCUUAAAUAGAGUAAAUAUUAUUUUUUUCGGAUAAUAUCUCAAUUUUCACAUAUCUACUUUUUUCCUUAGCCUACCUUAUAAUCCAAAUAAAUCAACGCUUAAUGUUACAUUGUUAGAAUUGGAGGAAUGUAGUAAAUUUAUCAUCUUUGUCAAAUAAUAGCUUUUGAGUCAUGGAUUAUCCCUUGUUAAGUUGAUGCUUUUUUAAUCAGAAUGAAUGAUAAUAUGUACUUCUACAAUUAGAUGUGGUUGUACAACUUGUACUAAGUAACCCUAUAAUAUAACCCUAUUAAGAAAUAAAUAAUUAUGAUGUUAUGACAUCAGCCAUUUGUCUA